CGGCAUUUUACCCCCAGUCCCCUCAUUUGUCUGUAUCGCAGAUCUCAAAGAAAUUGUUAGGUAAUAAAGCAUAAGACCUAAAAACCCAGAUAGCGGUUUCAUGGAGCUGCUGAGACCAACACAAUUAUUUUAGAUCUACUAGACUUCAGGGGAUUGAUUUAGUCGCUGUUGGCUCCUGUAAUUUGCAAUUUAGCAGAGGUAGCUAGCUAAACAGUGAAGAAGAUGGCGACGCUCAACAGUAUUAAGAACAUGUCUGGGAUCUGCUCUCAUGUAAUCCGCCAAACGACUGGAUUGAGAGCAGCAAAACUCAUUCAGCAGAGGGCGUUCAGAGUCAAUGGAGCCCUCAGGCAGCAGCCAUUUGACUCCUCGGAAGAGAAGCCCCAGUUCCCAGGAGCAUCGGCAGAGUUUAUUGAUCACCUGGAGUUCAUCCAACCUAACGUGAUCUCUGGGAUCCCCGUCUACAGGGUCAUGGACCGGGCCGGGAAGAUCAUUAACCCCUCAGAGGACCCACAGCUCUCCAAGGAACAAGUGUUGAACUUCUACCAGAAGAUGACCCUUCUGAACACCAUGGACCGUAUACUGUAUGAGUCUCAGAGACAGGGUCGUAUAUCCUUCUACAUGACUAACUACGGAGAGGAGGGAACACACAUCGGCAGCGCUGCAGCUCUCGACCCAAGGGACUUGGUGUUCGGCCAGUACAGGGAAGCAGGCGUGCUGAUGUACCGUGGUUUCCCCCUGGAUCUAUUCAUGGCUCAGUGCUAUGCCAACGUUGACGACCUGGGCAAGGGACGCCAGAUGCCCGUUCACUACGGAAGCAAAGACCUCAAUUUCGUCACCAUCUCCUCUCCUCUGGCCACUCAGAUCCCACAAGCGGCAGGGGCAGCGUACGCAGCGAAGAGGGAGAACACCAACCGUGCUGUGAUCUGUUAUUUCGGAGAGGGCGCGGCCAGCGAGGGCGACGCCCACGCCGGGUUCAACUUCUCUGCGACCCUGGAGUGCCCGCUCAUCUUCUUCUGCCGUAACAACGGCUACGCCAUCUCCACGCCAACCAACGAGCAGUACCGGGGGGACGGCAUCGCUGCACGCGGUCCAGGCUACGGUAUGAUGUCUAUCAGAGUGGACGGUAACGAUGUGUUCGCUGUAUACACUACUGUCUGUGGCCUGAACCAGCCCUUCCUCAUCGAGGCCAUGACCUACAGGAUUGGUCACCACAGCACCAGCGACGACAGCUCGGCCUACCGCUCCGUAGAUGAGGUGAACUACUGGGACAAACAGGACCACCCCAUCUCUCGGCUGCGUCACUACAUGACGGCCCGUUCCUGGUGGUCCGAGGAGGACGAGAGGAGCUGGAGGAAACAGAGCCGCAAGAUGGUGAUGGAGGCGUUUGAGAAGGCCGAGAAGAGACACAAGCCCCACCCUGACUUGAUGUUCUCUGACGUCUAUGAAGAGAUGACCCCUAACCUGGUCAAGCAGAAGGAGGCCAUGUGGAGGCACGUCCAGCAGUAUAAAGAGCAUUAUCCCCUGGAUGCCUACGCCAAGUAAACACAGGAGUACGCUACAAAAAAAGCAGGAUCAAUGAGUUAGCCGGCUAACUUUUGAUAAGCAACCACAAAUAAAAAAUACAAAUAAAAA